CCCUCGCCGACUCUUUGACCUCCCCCAAUCACUCUCCCGUCCUGAGUUGAUGAUUACUUCCCCCCAAAUCGUUAUGGUACAAUCAUGGCUCCUGGCUUACAAGAGCUAAUUGAUUUCCUCCUGAAUGAGGUCGCGCUUUGCGGAAGCCAAGGCAUGACCUUGCCGGAAAUCCUCAAAACAAUACAUGACUUCUACAAAAAUGCAUCUCAAGACCCAAGCCAGCGAAUCCAAUCUGUAGAUCGCCGCUUCGAAGCUAAGGUCUGGUCAUGGCUCAUACGCCAUCCAGAAGUGUCUGUGACACCGAGUGGUGAAUGGCAGCACCUUAGUUUGGAGGACGCAGAGCAGAAGAAUCGCGAACUUGAAGAAAGCGCCAAUCACCAUGCUCCUGAAGCCGAUGGAGAUGAAGCUGAAGCCGAAGCCUUGCCCGUAUCGUCGUCCAUCCGCGUCUUCGUUUCUAAGGAGAGGAUGUGGUACGCUCUCACUGGCCAUGAGCCAGAUGAUACCAAAGUUCCCGCGAGCGAGUUCCUCCUACUCUCUAUCAUUGCUUCCCGCAAAUCCGACGGUAUCGCCCAAACAGACCUCGUGCGGCUCAGUGGUCAAGACAAACGUUCCGUCCCUAAGCGGACAGACGCCCUAGCUCAGAAGGGCUACGUCGAGAAACGCCCAAUCCAAAUCAAAUCAGCUCGAACCAGUCUGGUCACCUUUCGACGAUUCGUCAAACCAGCGAGCGUUGAGUCAAUGGUCGAAGGCACUUCCGAAGGCGUUCCAGAACGUCCCAUUAUCAACUUUGAUGCAUUCAAUGCCAAACUGUUCGAGAUUUUAAGAGAAUUUGGCAUCAUUUCACGCAAUGAUCUCAAGAGACGUCUGGAGUUCGGAGAUCGUUGGCGCUGGCGUGUUUUGUCGCGGGCGCUUCGCAAGUUUGAAAGGAUAGGAGUCUUGAAACGAGUUCGAGCGAAAUCUCAAUACAACAAGAUCCAUCCUUGUGUGAUGCUCAUCCGCGAGCCCACAGAGACCGAUAUCGCCAAAUUCAAUGCUGUUAGUGGGGACUUGAACCGGACUGCAGAUGACCAAGCGGAUGCCGACGACGAUAUUGACGAUGCUGCCGAAAAUGACCCCACUGGUGCAGAUGAAGGCGCUAUUGAAAUGGAGAAGGACAAGCCUGUGAUCGAAGCUGAGCGGCUCGUGCCGUCAUGGACACCAGAUCGCCCCGUGGGAAACCAAAUCUUCGACGUUGUGAAUAAUUCUGGGACGGAAGGGAUCACCAAUCAUGAUAUCAACCGCUUCUGCUUUGGCAGCAUCUACCGUCGACCUUCAGAAAGCGCGCUACAUCGUCUUACUGAUUGUUGGCAACUGUCACAGCCACCUCACCUUCGACACCUUGCCAUCGUUCGGGACACAGCGAUCCAGAGGACCACAUUCUUCUACAUACAUUACUCAGCCAGUAACUUUGCGAAACUGGUGGAAAGCGGCGAAGCAUCAUGGGAGGCUGUCGAGUUUCCGGCGGGAAAGGCCAAAGCGGCGAAGUGUGUUAUUCCUGCAGUUGACGCUACUGUUCAGCGUGACAAAUACGGCUUCCAUGAAUCAAGUGCCACUAAACUGUUGGUGAAGAACGGCAACGCAAGCUUGUUCGAGGCACUUGCAGUCUGCAAGCCGCCCACUUACCUUCUGUCAAGCAGUGAUCCAAUGCCAGUGAGGCUUCCGGAUGGUCAUUUCACGGUUGAUAUGGGGAGACUAGCUGUCACAGGAACUAUCAUACCAUCGCCAAUUAGCGCCCGCCGCCAUGGAGGCCGUCCAAGAGGACCGCGGUACAAGGCCGCUCGAAAACAGUCAAAUCUCUCUAAAAUGGAGAGGAGCUCCCCCGGAAUUCCUGAUCCCAAUGACCCUGAGGAGAUGGAACUGGAUCAUGUUCCGCUUCAGAUGCCAGAACACCUAACCUGGGAACAACCUUCUCGUCAAACUCCAAGAGUCGGUAACAAGCGUGACAAGCUGGAAGGCCUUUCAGAAAAGGAAAGAUUUGAAGCACUAGGCAUGGACGAGACUUGGACAGAGUACAACGUACUUGUCAAUGAAUGCCCCAACCCUGGGGUCUACGUCACACCACAAGGAAAGAGGAGACCGGCUGGGAGAAAGCAAGGCCGUCCCGCGAGAAGCCGAAUUGCAGUUUUCAAAUCCGCAAAAUUGGCUUCUUUCUCCUGGUUCCAACAGGAAAGCCGCGAAAGGGAUCACACGGCUGUUGAGAAACAGGAGGCGCCAGCCUUGGCUGGCGCUCGCCAAAACGGUGUUCCUAUCGCGGUCCCCUCCGAACCUAGCUCCGAGGAAUUCGCAGCUUUACAAUCAGCUGCGAAUGUGCAACCCACUCCAAGGACUUCGUCCCGGCGCAAGCGGGCCCAAGAUGAUUUGGAUUACAUUGAUUCGCCAACUCCAGUGCUCAGUGCCAAUGAAGGGCUCCAGCAUGGCACGAGGCGACCACAGAAACAGCCUCGUCUUAUCGAGCCCGAAGAUGAGGCUAAUGGCGCGCUUGCAACGGUUCCAGAGAGUGCAGCGCCAGAAGCGACUACUAGGAUCUCCGCAGAAGUUGAAUCGGCCCCGGCUAUCACUCGCGAUAAGAGUCCUACUGUACACGCACUCAGCGACGUAGAAGCCGGAACGGCUGCACCUAAGCGGCAACGCAUUGGCUCUCCGGAUCAAACCGCCGCGUCGGAAGAUACCCAAACAGCAAGAAGUGAGGCUUUGAAAAGCCCUGCACAGCGAGGAUUGGGUCGCACUCGAAGAACACCUCAGCCUUUCUCGAGGAAUUGGCUCUCCAAGGCAAUCAGUCCGUCUACCACGACACAGCCAGGUCAGAAACCCAAGCUGAGCCAUGGCUUGGCGGACCGGGGUGGUUCUAUCAGUAUCCUUCGGAGAAAAAUCAUCAUGGAGAUUGUGGAAAAAGCCGGUGGUGCAUAUCCUUCUGUUCCUGAAAUUUGGUUUCCGUUCGCAACCAUGUGGCUCAAGCGGAAGCAGAAAGAGCGGCCUGAUAAUCGUACAGUCAAGACGGCGAUCAGAAAUCUGGUUGAAGCCGGCAAACUUCGACAACUGACAUUCUGUGGCAAAGGCCCGAAAGGCGCGAUGGUCACCAAGACCAUUCUGGCCAAGCCUGAAAUGUCCCCAGAUGACCCUUUGAUCAAGGAGAUGCAACGCAAGCUUCUAUCUACAAAUGAUCAGCGACUUUCCUAUUCGCCAAACAUUGAACUUGAUCCGGAGCUUGUCAGGUCCAAUGGUCACACGGGAAUACCAAAACUGGCGCUGCCUAUGGUAUCUGAUGCUACUGUUCAGCUGCAACAGAAACCUGCAACUGUCCUUGCAGAGGAGCAAAGAACUGAGCGUCGGGUCCAGAAGGAGCUGUUGAAGAAAUUGGAGGACCAGCUUGGUAUUGGCAAUGAUUCUUCUGCCACUGGUACCAAGCGACUCAUGAAGAUUGGUCGACGUCAACCUCGUCAGCUAGGCGAAGACUCUGUGACAGGUCAGACCUGGAUUGCUCGACCAGGUCUAGGCAGACGGAUCAAGGGUGAUGCACAUCGACUAGUCAGAACAAUGUCUGCUAUCGGGCCAUAUGGUAUGCUGAUGCACCCAAAACAAGACUUCCACACAAGCUCAGGCACGUUUGGUACAUUUGGCGCCGCGAUAAGACCUUACAGGCAGCCUUUGAGCGGCGAUGUAGCGAGCUCUGUCCGUGAGCUGGCUGAGCUCGCAUCUGCUCCCAAUGUCACCCAGACCGGCCGAGUCAAAACAUUCCACUCGAAAACAGAGAGGAUUUUGCGCUGGGAACUUGAGCACGAGGAGAUCUUUGACGAAUCCCAUGACGGAAACGGCACAUACAUUGAUCAAACCGUUAGUGACGAGUUUGAGCAGGUGCCUAUUGAGGGUGAGAUUCGGUUCGAUUUCGACCAGCCAGUUGCUCAAGCGCUUCAGCCAAGAAAUCUGAUGACAACCCGGAGUGCAAAGCAAUAUCGCCAGAUUCGGCCUCGCCCUACCGCAUCGUCGUCUUAUUCUAUCAUGCCGCCAGGAUACCAGCCAUUCCACAACAUUGGUGCUCCCGCACGUCGUCGUAUCGAUGGAGUAGAUACGUCUCUUCCUGGCCGGCAUGGUGUACAGCCAGAUGAUGUCAGAUUACAACGGUCGCGCCGUCGGGCUACACUUCCUCCGCUUGACCAGACUCUGUACCGGAAGAUCAUGGUUGCCAUUGUCGCCGUCAGAGUGUUAGCAGGUGGUGCAGAGGCCAGGAGCGUCGACUGGGACCUUGUUUCUGCUGCGUUCCCCAAACACGACCCCAAUUUUAUCCUGGAACAUGCAAGAAGUAUUCUGAACAAGAGCCGAUUGCAGAUUGCCGGCAUGCAGCGUCCCUUCCAAGAGCAAUAUCUUGAAGCAUAUGCCAAGCAGAAGGUUCCAGUUAUUGACUAUAAUCACCUGGACAAAUACAACUGGCCCGCGGUUGUUGAGUGGGCCAUCAUCGAACUCGAGUUCUCAACGUCUGAAAAGGCUCCGCUGCUGCCUGCGACUCGGGAGGAGUUUGAUAGUAUCUUCGAGCUUCGACCCGAGGCCGUUCCUACGGCGGAUGAGCUGUACACCGCCACUUCGGGUAUCACUGUUAGCUUCAAGCGUGGCCUGAUGACCCAUGUGCCAUUCGCGGUGCAGGCUGGCGUUGGCAAAGAUCGUGCAGUCCAAGGACCUCGCAAGAAUGAGCUCGCUCGACUGGAUGUCGUCAAGACUUGGGUACGCGCCAACGUGGCCGCAUCCGAAGCGACUUACAACCCGCCCAGAGCGGAAGAAGCUCUCAAACCGUUUGGUACCCAGCUUAUCAACUCAGCUGUGCAAUCGCUCCUCACCGAUCGGGUUAUUAGCAUGAGCAACAGGGGUCGCAUUAUACCUGGCCGCAACUACGACCUCACAGAUCAUCUCCUAUCCUCACUCAGCCGCAAGCGUCUUAUCGACUGCCCCAUCUUGAAGCGCGCGGCAUAUUUCAAGACCACGAUCCUGGACCCACAAAUACAGAGCAGAGGGUCCUUUGACGUGCAUUACCACGCUGAAGAUGGUGAUAUCCUCGCUUUGAUCAACCUAUUCAGUUAUGGCCAAGUCACCCUUCACCCUCGUGGCCAGCCGCGCAGCAGAUUCGGUCUCACGGAAGGUGGAUACCUCACCCGACAAAUGGACAAGGACCUCUUACGCUUCGAUGUCGAGGUUCGCCCAACAGCUUCGUACACCCAUGGCAACCCUAUUCAGGCCCGUGCAAGUACCAUUCCCGCCCCGCUGCCGCCCCCAUCCAAUGACCCCAACCUCCCGCCCAAAUUGCCCCUCUGGUUCGAUAUCCAUGGAUUCCUGAUUCCACAGCUAUGGGAGAUGUCCAUUGCUUCGGUGCUGGGCUGUGUUUGCAUGCGGCAGGGUCUUAGCCCGGAACGCAUCUCGGGUAUGAUCAAACCUGCUAUGGGCGCGUGGGAGAUUGAGCUUCUCUUGAACUGGUUGAAGGAGGUCGGUAUCGUGGAUCGGCAAAGUUGUGGCGAGAAGAACGGAUGGAUGGUUCGUGAUUGGUGGUGGAUGGUCCUUACGGAGAAGGAUUCUGGUGCGGCGAUGCCCGUUACUCAGGCGUCUGCCGACCCGCUGGCCGAACCAGCUGCUGAAGCAGUUGCAGAGCCAGUGCCAGAGCCCAUUGCGGAGCCAGGUUCGCACGCCGAGGAAUCAAUGGCUUCUUGAGAAGACAGUGCCCUAUUGGGUUGUUGUAUGUAUGAUUACAGAUGUACUUGUAUCAAUUGACUUGAUGUAGAAUAGCACAUGAACGCUCAAUAUUGUAUGGUAUCUAUCGCUGCAAACAAUGAAUAACGCGUAGUAAAUCAAAAGGCCAUAUUACAAAUACCACGUCGUCUUGAAAUGAUGGACACAAAGUAAGGCCGGCUUUCUUUGCACGUAAGCGACAGUGGCCGGUUGCAAGUGGGCGGUUCAGAGGUCGUCGACAUUGACUGUCCGCUUGGUGACGAGGAUAAUCAAGGCAAAGAUGAUGCCAAUAAUAGCGCGGUCCAACCAGGGACUGUUCGCGGGUUCGGAUUGGCUAGCAGCUGCAGUUCUAGCAGCUAUAGCCACGGGAGCAGGAGUUGUUGGUGUAGGAUGAGGGCGGAUGCUGGAUUGAGUCAAGGGCGCCGAAGCGACAACUGCCGGAGUUGAGUUUGAUCCCGAAGGUACUGGAGGAGUCGGAGAGACGGCGGAUGUUGAAGCCGGAGCGACUGGCGUAGUUGCAGGCUCAUCAAGAACAGCUUCGGUUUGACCAUCAUCCUUCUCAGCCUCUGCCUCAUCCUUUUCUUGCUUCUUAUCCUCCUCCUCCUUAUCCCCGCCUACAACUUCACUCCCUUCAACGUCAAUCUUAACCCCCCUCUCCCGACAAAUCUCCCACCAUUCUUUCAUAGCCUCCUCAUUACUCCUCCCACACUCCCGACAAACCCAUCCCCGACUCUCGCUUGCAAACUCCCUUCGAAUCGCCUCACUGCCCUCCAUCCCACCAACCUGCCCUUUGCUUUCCGCCCCCAUGAUCUCACUCCGGAUCGCCAGCAGCGCCGUCCGCACUCCCCACGCCGGCUGCCAUGUUUCCUCAUGGUGCCCCGAGAUACUGAGGCAUAUCUCGCGGUUCACCUCAAAUCGGCCCGACGGCGUCAGAAAGCGGAAACUUGGUGGGCGGAGCGGGUAGGUUGGUGGGAAGGUGAUGCGGCCGUGGUAGAGGCCGUUCGCGUAGGGCGUUGGACUCGGGGGUCCCGUGAGGGUGAAGUGCCAGUCGUGGAGGUUGCUGUCGGAGAUUGGGGAGGCGGUGAAGUAGGGGCUUGGGUUUUUGUGGAUGUCUGUUGAUUCUUUGAGGAGGCGGCGUGUUGAGGGGGACGUCAUUUUGGGUGAUUUAUUAGGUAUUGGUGGGAGGUGGAUGCAGACGUUGAUGUCAACGUGGAGGUGGAAGUGGAGAGGAUAAGAGGAUAAGAUCGUGGAGACUAGCCUGACGAUUGCUGAUUAGAUCAUCAAGAUAGCGGGCUCAGGCACAAAGGCAGCAAUCGUCUAUCAAGAUCAGCCGAGUAGAAUGGCGAGAUGAGAAGGAGGACAAAUUAACGGAGACUGAUGCAGUUAUAUUUAAGAAGAAGAGAUGCAAUGUACAAUGGCACCUCUCUGUUCAUUGACUAGGUAAAGUACACGUCAUAUUACCGCGUAAUACACCGCAACAAGAAAAUGCCAACUUGGCCACUUCCACAAACCGCUUAGGUUAUCAAGUAAUAAUCAUCACCAAGAACGCCAUUUUAUGCAAAAUCAACCGCUACAAUAUCUCUCCAAAAUGCACACUAUGAACAGCCAUCAGCCCUGACAAUCAUACUUUAAUCGUCCCAAUCACGCCAUUCAUCCGUGUCUUUAGUACGCCCGCCCUGUUUCAAGCCCUGAGCUCUGCCACCUUCGGGGUCAAGCAACCCGUUGCUCUCAGGCUCAUCCUCGAAGUCACUAUCUCCGGGUCUGGGCCGCGGUGAAGCCGGUGCAAGUGUUUGCAUGGAAACACUGGUGGGCGGGCGCUCGGGUGCAUCUUGUGGUCGGCGAUUGGCGAUCCAACUCUGCUGUGGUUGCGACUGUGCUGCGCUCGCAUUAUUCACUCCCCAAGCAUGACUAUUAUUCAUGUUCCGCGAGUAAAGGUCGCGGUAGUAUUGCUGCUCGUUGCUAGCUUCCUGCUCUCGGCUGACUCGGAUGCGCUCGCGCGCUUCGAGGAAUCGCUGGCUCGGCUCCCAGCGCCAGCCAUCACCGGUGGUUGUGCAUACCGGAAUCGGCCAGAGUAGAGGCCGGUCACCGAAGAGGUGGGCCAAGUUGCGACGCCAGCCGUGGUCGAAUGCACUCGGCAUUUUCUCGCUAUCCUGUUCGUUGACCCAAUCUUGGUGACGAUCGUGCUCACGCUGGCGUUCCAUUUCCGCGUAGGACCGAGUGAGGGCUUGUUGUGCCGGGGUCAUGGGAUUAUGAGGGUUGUCAAGACUGGGGCCUUGACCGGGGGGAUAAAGUGCUGGGGAGAGACGUUCUUCGCCUUCCUCGGCGCGCGUCACGCCGGGGAUAGCAUUGGCGUGAGCUUCGAUUAUUUGGUUGCCGUAGCCUUGGAGUCGAUGGACUAGACUUUCGUUAUUAGGGUCCGUAGCAUUGCCAUUGCCUGCACCGCUCUCGUGAAGUUGACGGUCCAGCGCCUUGCGCAGCGGUGAGACAUAUCUCGUCUUCUCCAGACAUUCAAUGGUCGUCACUCCCCGCACUGCCAAACUGAUAUGCCACGCCGUGAAACAAGUCAAAACAAGACCGAUGAUUCCCCCCAGAAUUGCCAGCAGUACAACGUUGACUGGCAUGAAUGUAUCCAUAUACCGGGUAUCAUUCAAAACCUCGGUCCAUGUCCACACGGCAGCAACCGCGAAACAUACCCAGCAGAAUAGGGAUGUAUAAAUCAGGAAGAGCAAAAAUGCUUUGUAGUUGUAUAGGCCCACACAUGUCGCCAACCAGGGGCAGUGAUGAUCCAUUUUCAAUACACACCGCUUACAUGUCGAGCAGUGGUGCGCGCGGUCAGGCUUUGGACAUUGACACUUCUUGCAAUACCGCGAGCCACCAGACGAGCUAACAGUGUAUGAUGUGAACUCGGGGAACUCAGAAACCGGCAAAGCGCUGUACUCGUGACGACCACCUCGGCGUGUUGUGAGAGGCGAGCCAGGAUCCGUAAAGACGGCGACGGUAUAACUAGCGUUCAAACAGGCGUAGAAAAAAAGUCCUAGAAACGAACUCGGAAACCC